AUGGACAAACUCAGAAUGGUGCUACAUGACAACUCUGGAUCUGCUGGCUUUAAAAGGUGUUCUGUUCAUUUCGGUCCCUUCACUUUUGCUGUGGUCUCAGUUCUCUAUGCCUGUUUGGUCACCAAUGCUCUUGGGGGAACAGACAAGGAGCUGAGGCUGGCGGCUGGUACAACCAAGUGUUCUGGGAGAGUGGAGGUGAAAGUCCAGGAAGAGUGGGGAACUGUGUGCAACAACGGCUGGGACUUGGCUGCUGUCUCCGUGGUUUGUAAGCAGCUGGGAUGUCCGACUGUCAUCAAAGCCACAGGAUGGACCAAUUCCAGUGCAGGCACUGGGCGCAUUUGGAUGGAUCAUGUGUCUUGUCGAGGCAAUGAAUCAGCUCUCUGGGACUGCAAACAUGAGGGGUGGGGAAAGCAUAAUUGUACUCACCAACAGGAUGUAGGAGUCACCUGCUCAGAUGGAUCUGAUUUGGAGAUGAGGCUGAUGAACGGAGGAAACCGGUGCUCAGGAAGAAUAGAGAUAAAAUUCCAGGGCCAGUGGGGAACAGUGUGUGACGAUAACUUCAAUUUGGAUCACGCUUCUGUGGUUUGUAAACAGCUUGGAUGUGGAAGUGCUAUCAGUUUCUCUGGCUCAGCUAAUUUUGGAGAAGGAUCUGGGCCAAUCUGGUUUGAUGAUCUGGUAUGCCAUGGAAAUGAGUCAGCUCUCUGGAACUGCAGACACGAAGGAUGGGGAAAGCACAACUGUGAUCACGCUGAAGAUGCUGGAGUGAUUUGCUUAGAGGGAGCUGACCUGAGCCUGAGACUGGUAGAUGGAGUCACCAAGUGUUCAGGAAGAUUAGAAGUGAGAUUCAAAGGAGAAUGGGGGACAGUGUGUGAUGAUGGCUGGGACAGUGAUGAUGCUGCUGUAGCGUGUCAGCAAUUGGGAUGUCCGACUGCCGUCACUGCCAUCGGUAGAGUCAAUGCCAGUGAGGGAACUGGAAACAUUUGGCUUGACAGUGUUUCCUGCCAAGGACAUGAAUCUGCUAUCUGGCAGUGCAGACAUCACGAAUGGGGAAAGCAUUACUGCAAUCAUAAUGAAGAUGCUGGUGUGACCUGUUCUGAUGGAUCAGAUCUCGAACUGAGACUCAAAGGUGGAGGUAGCCGCUGUGCUGGGACAGUGGAGGUGGAAAUUCAGAAACUGAUAGGGAAAGUGUGUGACAGAGGCUGGGGACUGAAAGAAGCUGAUGUGGUUUGCAAGCAGCUGGGAUGUGGAUCUGCACUCAAAACAUCCUAUCAAGUUUAUUCCAAAAUUCAGGCAACAAACACAUGGCUGUUUUUAAGCAACUGCAAUGGAAAUGAAACUUCUAUCUGGGACUGCAAGAACUGGCAAUGGGGUGGGCUUAGUUGUGAACACUAUGAUGAAGCCAAAGUUACUUGCUCAGCCCACAGGGAACCCAGACUAGUCGGAGGGGACAUUCCCUGCUCCGGUCGUGUUGAAGUGAAACAUGGCGACACUUGGGGCACCAUCUGUGAUUCUGACUUCUCUCUGGAAUCGGCCAACGUGCUGUGCAGGGAAUUAAAGUGCGGCACCGUUGUUUCCAUCUUGGGGGGAGCUCACUUUGGAGAAGGAAAUGGACAGAUCUGGGCUGAAGAAUUCCAGUGUGAGGGCGACGAGUCCCAUCUUUCACUCUGCCCCAUUGCACCCCGCCCAGAUGGGACGUGUAGCCACAGCAGGGACAUUGGAGUAGUCUGCUCAAGAUACACAGAAGUUCGCUUGGUGGGUGGUAAUACCCUGUGUGAAGGAAGAGUGGAGGUCAAGAUUCUUGGGACCUGGGGAUCUCUCUGCAACUCUCAUUGGGACAUGGAAGAUGCUCACGUUUUGUGCCAGCAGCUUAAAUGUGGAGUUGCUACUUCUAUCCCAGAAAGAGCACCUUUUGGGAAAGGAAGUGGACAGCCCUGGAGACACAUGUUCCACUGUACUGGGACAGAACAGCACAUAGGUGAUUGUCCUGUAACUGCUCUGGGUGCAUCACUGUGUCCUGAAGGGCAAGUGGCCUCUGUAAUCUGCUCAGGGAGUGGACAGCUCCGCCUGGUAAAUGGAGGUGGGCGUUGUGCCGGGAGAAUAGAGGUCUAUCAUGAGGGCUUCUGGGGCACCAUCUGUGAUGACAGCUGGGACCUGGAUGAUGCCCACGUGGUGUGCAGGCAGCUGGGCUGCGGUGUGGCCAUUAAUGCCACGGGUUCUGCUCAUUUUGGGGAAGGAUCAGGGCCCAUCUGGCUGGAUGAGGUGAACUGUAAUGGAAAGGAAUCUCGCAUUUCUCAGUGCCGUUCUCAUGGUUGGGGGCGGCAGAACUGCAGGCAUAAAGAGGAUGCAGGAGUUAUCUGCUCAGAGUUCAUGUCUCUCAGACUCAUCAGUGACACCAGCAGCGAGACCUGUGCAGGGCGCCUGGAAGUUUUUUACAACGGAGCUUGGGGCAGUGUGGGCAAGAAUGACAUGUCUGCAACCACAGUGGGGGUGGUAUGCAGGCAGCUGGGCUGUGCAGACAAAGGGAGUAUCAGACCAGCACCUUCAGACAAUGUGGAGAAAAGGCACAUGUGGGUGGACAACGUCCGGUGUCCUAAGGGACCUGAAACCUUAUGGCAGUGCCCUUCAUCUCCGUGGAAGAGGAGGCUGGCCAGCCCCUCAGAGGAGACCUGGAUCACAUGUGCUGAUAAAAUAAGGCUUGAGGAAGGAACCACUAAUUGUUCUGGACGCGUGGAGGUCUGGCACGGAGGCUCCUGGGGCACAGUGUGUGACGACUCCUGGGACCUUAACGAUGCCCAGGUGGUGUGUCGCCAGCUGGGAUGUGGCUUAGCUCUGGAGGCAGGAAAAGAGGCAGCGUUCGGCCAGGGAACCGGGCCCAUAUGGCUCAAUGAAGUGAAAUGCAAGGGCAAUGAGUCCUCCCUGUGGGAUUGUCCUGCCAAAAACUGGGGACACAGUGACUGCGGGCACAAGGAGGAUGCCUCUGUGAAGUGCUCAGGUAGCAGACAGCUCCGCCUGGUGGACGGAGGCGGUCCCUGCGCCGGGAGAGUGGAGAUCCUUGACCAGGGCUCCUGGGGCACCAUCUGUGAUUACCGCUGGGACCUGAACGAUGCCCGCGUGGUGUGCAGGCAGCUGGGCUGUGGAGAAGCCCUUGAUGCCACUGUCUCUUCCUCCUUUGGGGCAGGAUCUGGGCCCAUUUGGCUGGAUAACGUGAGGUGCAGAGGAAAGGAGUCCCACGUGUGGAACUGCCCUUCCCGGGGCUGGGGGAAGCACUACUGUGAUCAUAGCCAGGAUGCAGGAGUCAUCUGCUCAGGAUUUGUGCGUCUGGUUGGAGGGGAUGGCCCCUGCUCAGGGCGAGUAGAAGUGCGUUCUGGAAAAGCCUGGACCCCAGUAUCUGAUGGGAACUUCACACUCCCCACUGCCCAGGUCAUUUGUGCAGAGCUGGGGUGUGGCAAGGCUGUGUCUAUCCUGGGACAUAUGCCCUUCAGAGAGUCUGAUGGCCGGGUCUGGGCUGAAAAGUUCAGGUGUGAGGGGGAGGAGCCCAAGCUCCGGGUCUGCCCCAGAGUGCCCUGUCCAGGGGGCAGGUGUCACCACAGUGGAGCUGCUCAGAUUGUCUGUUCAGUGUACACAGACAUCCGGCUCAUGAAAAAUGGCACCUCUAGGUGUGAGGGGCAGGUGGAGAUGAAUAUUUCUGGACAAUGGAGAGCUCUCUGUGCCUCCCACUGGAGCCUGGCCAAUGCCAAUGUUGUCUGUCGUCAGCUUGGCUGUGGUGUCGCCAUCUCCACCCCAAAUGGAGCAGAAGGAAGUGAUCAACUCUGGAAAGCCCGAUUCCACUGCUCAGGGACUGAGUCCUUCCUGUGGCAAUGCCCUGUGACUGCCCUGGGUGUUCCUGACUGUUCCCAUGGCAACACGGCCUCUGUGAUCUGCUCAGGAAAUCAGACCCAGGUGCUGCCGCAGUGCAACGACUCCGUGUCUGAACCAGCAGGGUCUGCAGCCUCAGAGGAGAGCGCCCCCUACUGCUCAGAUAGCAGACAGCUCCGCCUGGUGGAAGGGGGCAGUCCCUGCGCGGGGAGAGUGGAGAUCUUUGACCAGGGCUCCUGGGGCACCAUCUGUGAUGACGGCUGGGACCUGGACGAUGCCCGCGUGGUGUGCAGGCAGCUGGGCUGUGGAGAAGCCCUCAAUGCCACGGGGUCUGCCCACUUCGGGGCAGGAUCAGGGCCCAUCUGGCUGGACGACCUGAACUGCGCUGGAAAUGAGUCCCACGUGUGGAGGUGCCCUUCCCGGGGCUGGGGGCGGCACGACUGCAGACACAAGGAGGACGCGGGGGUCAUCUGCUCAGAGUUCCUGGCUCUCAGGAUGGUGAGCGAGGACCAGCAGUGUGCUGGGUGGCUGGAAGUUUUCUACAACGGGACCUGGGGCAGUGUCUGCCGCAGCCCCAUGGAUGAUGUCACCGUGUCCAUCAUCUGCAGACAGCUUGGCUGUGGGGACAGUGGAAGUCUCAACACUUCUGUUGGUCUCAGGGCAGGUUCUAGACCCCGGUGGGUAGAUUUAAUCCAAUGUCGGAAAACUGAUACCUCUCUCUGGCAGUGUCCUUCUGACCCAUGGAAAUACAGUUCAUGCUCUCCAAAGGAUGAAGCCUACAUCUCAUGUGCAGGAAGAAGACCCCAGAGCUGUCCAGCUGCUGCCCCCUGCACAGACAGAGAGAAGCUCCGGCUCAGGGGAGGAGACAGCGAGUGCUCAGGGCGGGUGGAGGUCUGGCACAGCGGCUCCUGGGGCACCGUGUGCGAUGACUCCUGGAGCCUGGCAGAGGCCGAGGUGGUGUGUCAGCAGCUGGGCUGUGGCCCGGCCCUGGAAGCCGUGCGGGCCGCGGCGUUUGGCCCUGGAAACGGGAGCAUCUGGCUGGACGAGGUGCGGUGCGGGGGCCGGGAGUCCUCCCUGUGGGCCUGUGCCGCGGGGCCCUGGGGGCAGAGCGACUGCAAGCACGAGGAGGACGCCGGGGUGAGGUGCUCUGGCAGCAGACAGCUCCGCCUGGUCGACGGGGGCGGUCCCUGUGCCGGGAGAGUGGAGAUCCUUGACCUGGGCUCCUGGGGCACCAUUUGUGAUGACGGCUGGGACCUGGACGAUGCCCAAGUGGUGUGCAGACAGCUGGGCUGUGGAGGAGCCCUCGAUGCCCCUGUCUCUUCUUACUUUGGUGUGGGAUCAGGGCCCAUUUGGCUGGACGACCUGGACUGCACAGGAAAGGAGUCCCACGUGUGGAACUGCCCUUCCUGGGGCUGGGGGAAGCACUACUGUGAUCAUAGCCAGGAUGCAGGAGUCAUCUGCUCAGGCAGCAGACAGCUCCGCCUGGUGGACGGCGGUGGUCCCUGCGCCGGGAGAGUGGAGAUCCUUGACCAGGGCUCCUGGGGCACCAUCUGUGAUGACGGCUGGGACCUGGACGAUGCCCACGUGGUGUGCAGGCAGCUGGGGUGUGGAGACGCCCUCAAUGCCACGGGGUCUGCUCACUUUGGGGCAGGAUCAGGGCCCAUCUGGCUGGACGACCUGAACUGCACAGGAAAGGAGUCCCACGUGUGGAGGUGCCCUUCCCGGGGCUGGGGGAAACACGACUGCAGACACAAGGAGGACGCGGGAGUCAUCUGCUCAGAGUUCCUGGCCCUCAGGAUGGUCAGCAAGGACCAGGAGUGUGCUGGGUGGCUGGAAGUUUUUUACAACGGGACCUGGGGCAGUGUCUGCCGCAGCCCCAUGGAUGAUGUCACCGUGUCCAUCAUCUGCAGUCAGCUUGGCUGUGGGGACAGUGGAACCCUCAACUCUUCUGUUGGACUUAGGGAAGGUUCUAGACCCCGGUGGGUAGAUUUAAUCCAAUGUCGGAAAACAGAUACCUCUCUCUGGCAGUGUCCUUCUGACCCAUGGAAAUACAGUUCAUGCUCUCCAAAGGAGGAAGCCUACAUCUCAUGUGCAGGAAGAAGACCCCAGAGCUGUCCAGCUGCUGCCCCCUGCACAGACAGAGAGAAGCUCCGGCUCAGGGGAGGAGACAGCGAGUGCUCAGGGCGGGUGGAGGUCUGGCACAGCGGCUCCUGGGGCACCGUGUGCGAUGACUCCUGGAGCCUGGCAGAGGCCGAGGUGGUGUGUCAGCAGCUGGGCUGUGGCCCGGCCCUGGAAGCCGUGCGGGCCGCGGCGUUUGGCCCUGGAAACGGGAGCAUCUGGCUGGACGAGGUGCGGUGCGGGGGCCGGGAGUCCUCCCUGUGGGCCUGUGCCGCGGGGCCCUGGGGGCAGAGCGACUGCAAGCACGAGGAGGACGCCGGGGUGAGGUGCUCUGGUGACAGACAGCUCCGCCUGGUGGACGGGGGCGGUCCCUGCGCUGGGAGAGUGGAGAUCCUUGACCAGGGCUCCUGGGGCACCAUCUGUGAUGACGGCUGGGACCUGGACGAUGCCCACGUGGUGUGCAGACAGCUGGGCUGUGGAGAAGCCCUCAAUGCCACGGGGUCUGCUCACUUCGGGGCAGGAUCAGGGCCCAUCUGGCUGGACGACCUGAACUGCUCAGGAAAGGAGUCCCACGUGUGGAGGUGCCCUUCCCGGGCCUGGGGGCAGCAUGACUGCAGACACAAGGAGGAUGCGGGAGUCAUCUGCUCAUGCUCACUGUGUCCUGUCUUUUCCAUUUUGAUCUUAGAGUUCCUGGCCCUCAGGAUGGUGAGCGAGGACCAGCAGUGUGCUGGGUGGCUAGAAGUUUUCUACAACGGGACCUGGGGCAGUGUCUGCCGCAGCCCCAUGGAUGAUGUCACCGUGUCCAUCAUCUGCAGACCGCGUGGCUGUGGGGACAGUGGAGCCCUCAACUCUUCUGUUGGUCUCAGGGAAGGUUCUAGACCCCAGUGGGUAGAUUUAAUCCAAUGUCAGAAAACGGAUACCUCUCUCUGGCAGUGUCCUUCUGACCCUUGGAAAUACAGUUCAUGCUUUCCAAAAGAGGAAGCCUACAUCUCAUGUGCAGGAAGAAGACCCAAGAGCUGCCCAGCUGCUGCCCCCUGCACAGACAGAGAGAAGCUCCGGCUCAGGGGAGGAGACAGCGAGUGCUCAGGGCGGGUGGAGGUCUGGCACAGCGGCUCCUGGGGCACCGUGUGCGAUGACUCCUGGAGCCUGGCAGAGGCCGAGGUGGUGUGUCAGCAGCUGGGCUGUGGCCCGGCCCUGGAAGCCGAGCGGGCCGAGGCGUUUGGCCCUGGAAGCGGGAGCAUCUGGCUGGACGAGGUGCGGUGCGGGGGCCGGGAGUCCUCCCUGUGGGCCUGUGCCGCGGGGCCCUGGGGGCAGAGCGACUGCAAGCACGAGGAGGACGCCGGGGUGAGGUGCUCUGCUCUGGAGGUGAGGCUGAAGGAUGGAGCCAACCGCUGUGAGGGGAGAGUGGAAGUAAAGCAUCAAGGAGAAUGGGGCACAAUGGAUGAUUUCUACUGGAGCUUGAAGGAUGCAUCUGUAGUGUGCAGACAGCUGGGGUGUGGAGCUGCUGUUGGUAUUCCUAAAGAGGCUUAUUUUAGACCAGGACUUGGCCCCAUUUGGCUUUCGUAUACUUCAUGUGAAGGGGUAGAGUCAGCUGUCAGUGAGUGUAAGCAUUCUAAUAUUAAAGACUAUCGUAAUUAUAGCUAUACCCACAACUGGGAUGCUGGAGUAGUCUGCUCAGGAUUUGUGCGUCUGGCUGGAGGGGAUGGACCCUGCUCAGGGCGAGUAGAAGUGCAUUCUGGAGAAGCCUGGGUCCCAGUGUCUGAUGGGAACUUCACACUCCCCACUGCCCAGGUCAUCUGUGCAGAGCUGGGGUGUGGCAAGGCUGUGUCUGUCCUGGGACACGUGCCCUUCAGAGAGUCUGAUAGCCGGGUCUGGGCUGAAGAGUUCAGGUGUGAGGGGGAGGAGCCUGAGCUCUGGGUCUGCCCCAGAGUGCCCUGUCCAGGGGGCACGUGUCACCACAGUGGAGCUGCUCAGGUUGUCUGUUCAGCGUACUCAGAAAUCCGGCUCAUGACAAAUGGCUCCUCUCAGUGUGAGGGGCAGGUGGAGAUGAACAUUUCUGGACGAUGGAGAGCGCUCUGUGCCUCCCACUGGAGUCUGGCCAAUGCCAAUGUUGUCUGUCGUCAGCUUGGCUGUGGAGUCGCCAUCUCCACCCCCAGAGGACCACACUUGGUGGAAGGAGGAGAUCAGAUCUUAACAUCCCGAUUUCACUGCUCAGGGGCAGAGGCCUUCCUGUGGAGUUGCCGUGUGACUGUCCUGGGUGGUCCUGAGUGUUCCCAUGGCAACACAGCCUCUGUGAUCUGCUCAGGAAACCAGACUCAGGUGCUGCCUCAGUGCAACCACUCUAUGUCAGAACCAGCCGGCUCUGUGGCCUCAGUGGAGAGCGCCCCUUAUUGCUCAGACAGCAGACAGCUCCGCCUGGUGGACGGGGGCGGUCCUUGCAUCGGGAGAGUGGAGAUCCUUGACCAGGGCUCCUGGGGCACCAUCUGUGAUGACGGCUGGGACCUGGACGAUGCCCGCGUGGUGUGCAGGCAGCUGGGCUGUGGAUCAGCUCUCAAUGCCACGGGGUCUGCUCACUUUGGGGAAGGAUCAGGGCCCAUCUGGCUGGACGACCUGAACUGCACAGGAAAGGAGUCCCACCUGUGGAGGUGCCCUUCCCGGGGCUGGGGGCAGCACGACUGCAGACACAAGCAGGACGCGGGGGUCAUCUGCUCAGAGUUCCUGGCCCUCAGGAUGGUGAGCAAGGAGCAGCAGUGUGCUGGGUGGCUGGAAGUUUUCUACAACGGGACCUGGGGCAGUGUCUGCCGCAACCCCAUGGAGGAUAUCACUGUGUCCGUGAUCUGCAGACAGCUUGGCUGUGGGGACAGUGGAACCCUCAACUCUUCUCUUGCUCUUAGAGAAGGCUCUAGACCCCGGUGGGUGGAUGGAAUCCAGUGUCGGAAAACUGACACCUCUCUCUGGCAGUGUCCUUCUGACCCUUGGAAUUACACUUCAUGCUCUCCAAAGGAGGAAGCCUAUAUCUCGUGUGAAGGUAGCAGACAGCUCCGCCUGGUGGACGGGGGCGGUCCUUGCGCCGGAAGAGUGGAGAUCCUUGACCACGGCUCCUGGGGCACCAUCUGUCAUGGUGGCUGGGACCUGGACGAUGCCCGCGUGGUGUGCAGACAGCUGGGCUGUGGAGAAGCCCUCGAUAUCCCUAUCUCUUCUUACUUUGGGGCGGGAUCAGGGCCCAUUUGGCUGGACAACGUGAAGUGCACAGGAAAGGAGUCCCACGUGUGGAGGUGCCCUUCCGAAGGCUGGGGGAAGCACUACUGUGAUCAUAGCAAGGAAGCAGGAGUCAUCUGUUCAGGAUUUGUGCGUCUUGCUGGAGGGGAUGGACCCUGCUCAGGGCGAGUAGAAGUGCGUUCUGGAGAAGACUGGACCCCAGUGUCUGAUGGGAACUUCACACUCCCCACUGCCCAGGUCAUCUGUGCAGAGCUGGGGUGUGGCAAGGCUGUGUCUGUCCUGGGACAUGUGCCCUUCAGAGAGUCUGAUGGCCGGGUCUGGACUGAAGAGUUCAGGUGCGAGGGGGAGGAGCCUAAGCUCUGGUUCUGCCCCAGAGUGCCCUGUCCAGGGGGCAGGUGUCACCACAGUGGAGCUGCUCAGGUUGUCUGUUCAGUGUACACAGAAGUCCGGCUUAUGAAAAAUGGCUCCUCUCAGUGUGAGGGGCGGGUGGAGAUGAAUAUUUCUGGACAAUGGAGAGCUCUCUGUGCCUCCCACUGGAGUCUGGCCAAUGCCAAUGUUGUCUGUCGUCAGCUCGGCUGUGGAGUCGCUGUCUCCACCCCAAACGGAGCAGAAGGAAGUGAUCAGCUCUGGAAAGCCCGAUUCCACUGCUCAGGGACUGAGUCCUUCCUGUGGCAAUGCCCUGUGACUGCCCUGGGUGUUCCUGACUGUUCCCAUGGCAACACGGCCUCUGUGAUCUGCUCAGGAAACCAGACCCAGGUGCAGCCCCGGUGCAAUCACUUUGUGUCUGAACCAACAGGCUCUGCGGCCUCAGAGGAGAGCGCCCCCUACUGCUCAGACAGCAGACAGCUCCGCCUGGUGGACGGGGGAGGUCUCUGCGCUGGGAGAGUGGAGAUCCUUGACCAGGGCUCCUGGGGCACCAUCUGUGAUGACGGCUGGGACCUGGACGAUGCCCACGUGGUGUGCAGGCAGCUGGGCUGUGGAGAAGCCCUCAAUGCCACGGGGUCUGCUCACUUCAGGGCAGGGUCAGGGCCCAUCUGGCUGGAUGACCUGAACUGCACUGGAAAUGAGUCCCAUGUGUGGAAGUGCCCUUCCAGGGGCUGGGGGCAGCACGACUGCAGACACAAGGAGGAUGCAGGGGUCAUCUGUUCAGAGUUCCUGGCCCUCAGGAUGGUCAGCGAGGACCAGCAGUGUGCUGGGUGGCUGGAAGUUUUCUACAACGGGACCUGGGGCAGUGUCUGCCGCAGCCCUAUGGAUGAGGUCACCGUGUCCAUCAUCUGCAGUCAGCUUGGCUGUGGGGACAGUGGAAGUGUCAACACCUCUGCUGGUCUCAGGGAAGGUUCUAGACCCCGGUGGGUAGAUUUAAUUCAGUGUCGGAAAACUGAUACCUCUCUCUGGCAGUGUCCUUCUGGCCCAUGGAAAUUCAGUUCAUGCUCUCCAAAGGAGGAAGCCUACAUCUCAUGUGCAGGAAGAAGACCCAAGAGCUGCCCAGCUGCUGCCCCCUGCACAGACAGAGAGAAGCUCCGGCUCAGGGGAGGAGACAGCGAGUGCUCAGGGCGGGUGGAGGUCUGGCACAGCGGCUCCUGGGGCACCGUGUGCGAUGACUCCUGGAGCCUGGCAGAGGCCGAGGUGGUGUGUCAGCAGCUGGGCUGUGGCCCGGCCCUGGAAGCCGUGCGGGCCGCGGCAUUUGGCCCUGGAAACGGGAGCAUCUGGCUGGACGAGGUGCGGUGCGGGGGCCGGGAGUCCUCCCUGUGGGCCUGUGCCGCGGGGCCCUGGGGGCAGAGCGACUGCAAGCACGAGGAGGACGCCGGGGUGAGGUGCUCUGGUGAACAGCAGACAGCUCCGCCUGGUGGACGGGGCGGUCCCUGCGCCGGGAGAGUGGAGAUCCUUGACCAGGGCUCCUGGGGCACCAUCUGUGAUGACGGCUGGGACCUGGACGAUGCCCCCGUUGUGUGCAGGCAGCUGGGCUGUGGAGAAGCCCUCAAUGCCACGGGAUCUGCUCACUUCGGGGCGGGAUCAGGGUCCAUCUGGCUGGACGACCUGAACUGCACAGGAAAGGAGUCCCACGUGUGGAGGUGCCAUUCCCGGGGCUGGGGGCGGCACGACUGCAGACACAAGCAGGACGCGGGAGUCAUCUGCUUAGAUAGCAGACAGCUCCGCCUGGUGGACGGGGGCGGUCCCUGCGCCGGGAGAGUGGAGAUCCUGGACCAGGGCUCCUGGGGCACCAUCUGUGAUGACGGCUGGGACCUGGACGAUGCCCGCGUGGUGUGCAAGCAGCUGGGCUGUGGAGAAGCCCUCAAUGCCACGGGGUCUGCUCACUUUGGGGCAGGAUCAGGACCCAUCUGGCUGGACGACCUGAACUGCACAGGAAAUGAGUCCCACGUGUGGAGGUGCCCUUCCCGGGGCUGGGGGCGGCACGACUGCAGACACAAGCAGGAUGCGGGGGUCGUCUGCUCAGACAGCAGACAGCUCCGCCUGGUGGACGGGGGCGGUCCCUGCGCCGGGAGAGUGGAGAUCCUGGACCAGGGCUCCUGGGGCACCAUCUGUGAUAAUGGCUGGGACCUGGACGAUGCCCGUGUGGUGUGCAGGCAGCUGGGCUGUGGAGAAGCCCUCAAUGCCACGGGGUCUGCUCACUUUGGGGAAGGGCCAGGGCCCAUCUGGCUGGAAACAUUGGACUGCACAGGAAAGGAAUCCCACGUGUGGAAGUGCCCUUCCCAGGGCUGGGGAGUGCACAACUGCAGUCAUGAGAAGGAUGCAGGAGUCGUCUGCUCAGACAGCAGACAGCUCCGCCUGGUGGACGGAGGAGGUCUCUGCGCCGGGAGAGUGGAAAUCCUUGACCAGGGCUCCUGGGGCACCAUCUGUGAUGACGGCUGGGACCUGGACGAUGCCCGCGUGGUGUGCAGGCAGCUGGGCUGUGGAGAAGCCCUCAAUGCCACGGGGUCUGCUCACUUUGGGGAAGGGCCAGGGCCCAUCUGGCUGGACGACCUGAACUGCACAGGAAAAGAGUCCCACGUGUGGAGGUGCUCUUCCCAGGGCUGGGGGCGGCAUGACUGCAGACACAAGGAGGACGCGGGGGUCAUCUGCUCAGACAGCAGACAGCUCCGCCUGGUGGACGGGGGCGGUCCCUGCGCCGGGAGAGUGGAGAUCCUGGACCAGGGCUCCUGGGGCACCAUCUGUGAUGAUGGCUGGGACCUGGAUGAUGCCCGCGUGGUGUGCAAGCAGCUGGGCUGUGGAGAAGCCCUCAAUGCCACGAGGUCUGCUCACUUCGGGGCGGGAUCAGGGCCCAUCUGGCUGGACGACCUGAACUGCACAGGAAAUGAGUCUAACGUGUGGAGUUGCCCUUCCCGGGGUUGGGGGCGGCAUGACUGCAGACACAAGGAGGACGCAGGGGUCAUCUGCUCAGGCAGCAAACAGCUCCGCCUGGUGGACGGGGGCGGUUCCUGUGCUGGGAGAGUGGAGAUCCUUGACCAAGGCUCCUGGGGCACCAUCUGUGAUGACGGCUGGGACCUGGACGAUGCCCGCGUGGUGUGCAGGCAGCUGGGCUGUGGAGGAGCCCUCGAUGCCUUGAAAUUUGCUCAAUUAGGUCAGGGAUCAGGGCCCAUCUGGCUGGAUGAACUGAACUGCGGAGGAAAGGAGUCCCAUGUGUGGAGGUGCCCUUCCCGGGGCUGGGGGCGGCACGACUGUGAGCAUGCAGAGGAUGCUGGGGUCGUCUGCUCAGGCCGCAGACAGCUCCGCCUGGUGGACGGGGGCGGUCCCUGCGCCGGGAGAGUGGAGAUCCUGGACCAGGGCUCCUGGGGCACCAUCUGUGAUGACAGCUGGGACCUGGACGAUGCCCGCGUGGUGUGCAGACAGCUGGGCUGUGGAGAAGCCGUCAAUGCCACGAGGUCUGCUCACUUCGGGGCGGGAUCAGGGCCCAUCUGGCUGGACGACCUGAACUGCACAGGAAAUGAGUCUCACGUGUGGAGGUGCCCUUCCCAAGGCUGGGGGCGGCACGACUGCAGACACAAGGAGGACGCAGGGGUCAUCUGCUCAGAGUUCCUGGCCCUCAGGAUGGUGAGCGAGGACCAGCAGUGUGCUGGGUGGCUGGAAGUUUUCUACAACGGGACCUGGGGCAGUGUCUGCCGCAGCCCCAUGGAUGAUGUCACCAUGUCCGUGAUCUGCAGACAGCUUGGCUGUGGGGACAGCGGAAGUCUUAACUCUUCUGUUGCUCUUAGGGAAGAUUCUAGACCCCGCUGGGUAGAUGGAAUCAAGUGCCGGAGAGCUGACACCUCUCUCUGGCAGUGUCCUUCUGACCCUUGGAAUUACAACUCCUGCUCUCCCAAGGAGGAAGCCUAUGUCUCGUGUGCAGAAAGAAGACCCAAGAGCUGUCCAGCUGCUGCCCCCUGCACAGACAGAGAGAAGCUCCGGCUCAGGGGAGGAGACAGCGAGUGCUCAGGGCGGGUGGAGGUCUGGCACAGCGGCUCCUGGGGCACCGUGUGCGAUGACUCCUGGAGCCUGGCAGAGGCCGAGGUGGUGUGUCAGCAGCUGGGCUGUGGCCCGGCCCUGGAAGCCGUGCGGGCCGCGGCGUUUGGCCCUGGAAGCGGGAGCAUCUGGCUGGACGAGGUGCGGUGCGGGGGCCGGGAGUCCUCCCUGUGGGCCUGUGCUGCGGUGCCCUGGGGGCAGAGCGACUGCAAGCACGAGGAGGACGCCGGGGUGAGGUGCUCUGGUGCAAGGACAUCAUUGCCCCCGACUACAGCAGGGACCAGACCAGCCUCAAAUCCACUCCCUGGCAUCUUCUCCCUGCCUUGGGUCCUCUGCCUCAUCCUGGGGGCCCUUCUCUUCCUGGUCCUCGUCGUCCUGGUGACUCAGGUGCUCAGAUGGAGAACAGAGCACAGAGCCUUCUCCAGCUAUGAAGAUGCUCUUGCUGAAGCAGUGUAUGAGGAGCUCGAUUACCUUGUGUCACAGAAGGAGGGUCUUCUGGACAGCCCAGAAACCCCAGUUCAGAGGACUGAUGCCCCUGGUGAGGAUUAUGAUGAUGCUGAAGAGGUACCCGUGCCUGGGGCUCUUCCUGCCUCUCAGGUGAGCGAAGAGGAAGUGCUCCCAGUGAAGGAAGAUGGGAUGAGAUCUCACACAGUCUCUUCUCUGUUCAUCUUUGGAGAGGAAGCUGAUCCUGGGGAAGGAGAAGAGAGGCCCUGGCUGCUCCAGGGGAACAAAGGGGACCCUGGGUAUGAUGAUGUUGAACUCAGUGUCCCGGGAACAUCCACAGUGACUUUCCCAUGA